AUGCAUAACGAGAUCAUAGAACUCACUGACUCUGAUUCUGAUUUUCAUGCUAGCCCAGUGAAACAAGACUCAGACAAAACAUCGCACCUCAAUCCGGAGGUAAUCGUCCUCAAGGCAAGCCUGACAUCCAAGACCAACCUCGUCGAGGAACAGGGCAAGGAGUUAACUAAACUCCGCAAGGAAAAUAAGCAGCUUAAGAACGAACAAGACCUUCGGACCGCUGAGAUCGCAGGGCUUCAAGAUGAGUUGAAGAACACCCUGCGUCAACUAGAUGACCAAACAGUUAAAAAUCUCAAUUUCAACAUGAUUAAGCUCAAGAACUUGAAGUCGAAUGCUGUACUACCAAAUGGGACUGUCGUCGAAGCUACAGGGCAUUAUGACGUUGACCAAGACAUGUCCGACAACUUCGCACCCACAGCGCCCUCGCAGCCUUCAAAUCCAAUCACCUCUAGAUCGAGUCCGACCGUAAAACCAGAGCCCGUCCGAGUCGAUACAACAAUCAAAGUCGUUAUCAAGUCGGAAAAUGAACCCGAUCAGAUCGAACAGGUUACAUUCGUUAAGGGUGAAGAUGGCAAAUUUGAUGUCUGGAAUCUUGAGCACCUUGGUCUCGGACCUCCAAUUGUGGUCGAAGAGCGGUUCUGCGUCGGAUUUCGGCGCUCUGUGAUCAGCGACGCUCUUGGCGGAGGUCACCAAACCACGUCGAACAACUGGAAAGGUCGUACAAAAACGGAUAAAUUCCCAUACUUGGCCAUGACGCGUUCCUACAACCCACACCUCCCACUCGUUCCAGGCGGUCAUGGUGUCGUGUUUUGUGGGGUAAAGCGUUUCAAUGACGGCUCGCUCAUUGAAGGGCCAAUCGACCUCAUCGCAUCUGACAAGCCAAAUCAAUGGAUAUACCUUGGUUCGUAUGAGACCUCCCGGUGGGGUGAAAUUUCGCCCAACCAACUUGACCUACUCCAACCUCUGGUCAUUCAACGUUGGGUGUCUGGAGCCCUAUCGACCCUAUGGGGAAGGAGCUGGGUCGAAAGAACGAAUGCCGAACUUGUAGAAAAGGGGGGUGAAAUUCGCCUUGUCGAUUUUACGGAAGACGGUCUUCGGGAGGCACUCAAUGAUGGUAGGCUUGUGAUUAACUUCACCGUCAUGAAAUGUGUUGGAUACCGUACGGAAUGGUUCGAGCAGUUCUUGCAUUACCAGACGCACCCAAAAGCGCCGAAAUCGCAGAAAAGGAAGAAGAAAGCGAGCUCGGGAGUCAAGAAACCCUUUGCAAAAAGGCUGAAAGUAAGCGAGCGCCGGAAGGAGGUGUCGUCUGAAAGUGACGGUGACGACGAAUUGCAACCUACUCCGCCUGGUAGUGACAAAGAUGAGUUUUCUGACAUGGAGGACGGGAUGAAAACACGCUUGGGUUCAGACUCGCCGGGUGCGCGGAAGAACCUUCGCAUGUCAGCUACUCGAAGUCGACGAACACUGUAUUCUCGGGUCUCCGCAAGCUCUCAGAAUUGA